AUGGUCCUUUUGCGGAUAGUAGAGCAAUGGGAAAGAGAGGACCAGAGUCACCAUCGUCGAGCCUUGCCCAAUCAAGAUGAUUCGGCAAUUCAACAGCGACUAGGGAAGAUCCCUGACGGCCGACAUUUUUCGGCCCAGAUUUAUGAUAUGUCCUUUGCCCGUGAAGCUUCGGCUGUCAAUGCAUUCUAG